UCCCUAUUCUGUGGUGGAUGUGCUCGGCGUUCGGCGGACCUCCCUGGCGAUGCUGGGGAACUCAGUAGUUGGAGAAACCGCGCUCAGCAGGCCGGCAUCCCGUCCUGUCCGCAGCUUCUUUGGCCUGGCAUUUGGGGGCUGUGGUAGAAAAAAAGAGGAAGGAGGUCCCACGGUUGGCUGACAGGAUUUUGUUUUCACCGGGCCUGGUGAGCGCACCUGGAGGAGAGGAUGAGGCGGUGAUUAGUCUCGGCCGGAUUUACGGAAGCGCCAUGAACCUGUUGCCUUGUAACCCUCAUGGCAAUGGUCUCCUUUUCGCCGGCUUCAAUCAGGACCACGGUUGCUUUGCAUGUGGAAUGGAAAAUGGAUUCCGAGUCUACAAUACUGAUCCACUAAAAGAAAAAGAGAAACAAGAAUUCCUUGAAGGAGGAGUUGGCCAUGUGGAAAUGUUGUUUCGUUGCAACUAUUUAGCAUUAGUUGGUGGUGGAAAAAAGCCAAAAUAUCCCCCCAAUAAAGUGAUGAUAUGGGAUGACCUGAAAAAGAAGACGGUUAUUGAAAUAGAAUUUUCUACAGAAGUCAAAGCAGUCAAACUGCGACGAGACAGAAUUGUGGUGGUUUUGGAUUCAAUGAUUAAGGUUUUUACUUUUACACACAAUCCUCAUCAGUUGCACGUCUUUGAAACCUGCUACAAUCCUAAAGAACACUUUCCAGUUUUCCCAGCAGGUCUAUGUGUUUUAUGUCCAAAUAGCAACAAUUCUCUCCUGGCAUUCCCCGGUACACAUACUGGCCAUGUGCAGAUAGUGGAUCUGGCCAAUACAGAAAAACCUCCAGUUGAUAUUCCAGCUCAUGAAGGAAUCCUAAGCUGUAUAGCUUUAAAUCUCCAGGGAACAAGAAUUGCAACAGCAUCUGAAAAAGGGACCCUUAUAAGAAUAUUUGAUACUUCAUCAGGGCAUUUAAUCCAAGAACUGAGAAGAGGAUCUCAAGCAGCAAAUAUUUAUUGUAUUAAUUUCAAUCAGGAUGCUUCACUCAUCUGUGUAUCAAGUGAUCAUGGAACAGUACACAUUUUUGCAGCUGAAGAUCCCAAAAGGAAUAAGCAGUCUAGUUUGGCCUCAGCCAGUUUUCUUCCAAAAUACUUCAGUUCCAAAUGGAGUUUUUCCAAAUUUCAGGUUCCCUCAGGCUCUCCAUGCAUUUGUGCCUUUGGAACAGAGCCAAAUGCUGUCAUAGAUUACAGACAUAGAGAAGAAAAGAAUCAAAGAAGUUAUAUACUCCAACCUCCUCAUUUUAUAUUUGAAGAAUGUAUAUAUUGUGUUGGUGUGUUACUAUUCUACUUUUCAAGUUUACGUAUGUCCAAACAUAAUGUAAAGCUCCUUUAAAAAAAUUAUACUUCUUUGUAUUCUGUACAAAAUUUACCACAGAUAUACAUGAUAGCAGAAAUUGACGAAAACAACUGAAUAACUGAAUUCCCUCAUGAAAGAUUAGGAAUCAAAAAAGUAUUCCGAAUGAGUUAGGAACAAACUACCAACAUGCAGUUAGGGUUAGGGUUAUCUUCAUGAGAAGAUUACAUAAAUUUGGAUUUCACCAGUUGAUGGUUUUCCAUAAUGGUGAAUAAUAACAUAGGAUAUGGCAAGACUACAAGAUUAUAAUGCACUGUGGUUUAAAAAAUGAUCCAAAGAGAAAUGUUUCCUCUAUUAAAAGAAUACCUCCAAAUUGUCAAUGAACUCACACCGUUGAUUUUUUUUUUUUUUUUGCUGAGGCAGUUGGGGUUAAGUGACUUGCCUAGGGUCACACAGCUAGAUAGUGUUAAGUGUCUGAGACCACAUUUGAACUCAGGUCCUCCUGACUUCUAUUCACUUCACCACCUAGCUACCCCUAAACCAAUGAUUUUCAAUCAAAAGUUUAUGUAGUGUAAUCUGUGAAAUGGAUAAAGCAAUACCUCUUUGACCUAUGUGUUAUCUCAGUAAUCUGAUCUCUGGGAGCCACGUUCUAAACUUUUUUAAAGUUGAGUAGAAUUUUUAAAAUUCUAUGGGGCAGCAAGGUGACAUAGUGGACCCUCUAGUGGCUCUGGAGUCAGGAGAAUCUGAAUUCAUAUCUGGCCUCAGAUGCUUACCAACUAUGUGAUUCUGGGAAAUCACUUAACCAGAUUGCUCAAAAACAAAACUAAACAAAAUUUAAAAACAAAAACAAAAAAACACCAUCACCCAAACAAAAAUUCUGGAGAUCUAGUUAUUAGAUCUCAGAUUACCUCAGCAAAGACAAAUUAAGAACAGUUUAUGCUUAAAAAGAAAAGUGUUGACUUCAGCAAGCAUUUAUUGAGCACCUCUUAUGCAGUGUGCCAAAUAAUUCUGAUAAACAUAGUGCAUAACAGUGCCUGCAUGGGCACUGUUUGUUUCAUUAACAAAGAAUUCCUAGGAAAGAAAAAUCCUCUAGCAAUGCAGUCUGGUAUCUUCUCUGUAAUAUAGUUUCAGAAAGUUAUAUAGAGCAGUGGUAUCACUCAAAUUAAAAGGGAUUUCUGACAAGUGCACAUUGACUUAGGAAAGCACAAAUAAAUAUUAUCUAUGCUAUAUCAUAUUUUUAUUUGGUUUAACGUUUCCCAAUUACAUUUUAAUCUGGUUUAGCUGCACUGAAGAGUAUUGCUGGCUACAAGUCUGAUACCUCCAACAAAGAGCAUUUGAAAGAAUAAAUGACUUGCGCUGGGUCAUAGAUUAUAUGUAGAGGCUGCUAGGUCAGUUCUAUUUGCUAUGCUACAGCUACCUGUUACUGAAGAUGUGAAAGAUCAAAAAAAAACCCAAAAUCAAAAAAACAAAAAACUAACCAUCUCUGUCCUCAAGGAGUUUAUAUUGUACUGAAAGAUAUAUCAUGUAAAUAGAUAAUUAUACACAAAACAUUUGCAACAUAAAUAUGAUUUUAGGUAAGAGAAAACAGUAGGGGAGAAGACAAUUAGAAAGAUAAGAAAAUACUCCUAAAUUAUGCUUUGAAGAAAGCUAAGAACUAUAUGAUAUGGAGGGAGCCUGGGAAAACUUGUUAAGCACAGCAGACCUCAAGCUGUCUAGAUGUAAGAAAAAAAAAAAAAAAACCCAACAACAAAACCAAUAAUUCCUUAGACAGCAGUUGGAUCUAGCAGUUGGAUUCUCAGAAAGAUGAGUCUUCAAAUGGGAGACAAAUAUUUUAGGUAUGGAAAGGAUUUUAAUAAGUUAAGCUUUCCUAAAUCACAAAUUGCCUAUACAGUAAUGAUUAUUUAUUUUUCAAUAGGUCAAGGUUGCAGUCACUCAAACUUUCAGAGGACAUCAUGAACCCAGAAGUUAAAAAAAAAUCCUCUCUGAAAUUCUCAAAGUCUAGAAAUGAAGCUUUAAAAACUUACCUUACUCCAAAGGAAAACCCCAAAGUUCACUGCAUUUAUCAUAUAUAUAUAUAUAUAUACACACACACACACACAUUCACUGCAUUUAUCAUAUUUAUAUAUAUAUAUACACACACAUAUAUAUGUGUAAUUUAUAUAAAAUAUACAUAUAUAUAUUUAAAAGUCCAACAAAAUUGAUUGUAAACAGUGUAUCUGAAGAGAUAGAACUAAGGGAAGCAAAUAGUAUGAAAAUAUGGAAGAAAACAACAAAACCCCUAAAAACUAUUGUUUAUAAUAAUAAAAUUCUGGUGAUGUUCAAUAUGAUGUUCUUUUGAAUAUAAAGGUGACUGACAUAAAACAAAAAGAACCAUGAAGUAUGAAAAAAUUCUGAGGUUAACCUCACAAAUAUAAUCUAAGCAUUUGAAAACAAAUGGGAGACAACAUGGCAUAGAGAGCUAGACUUGGAAUCAGAUACAUGGAUUUUAAAAUUUAAGCCUUUAUGAGCAAAUUCACUUAACUAGGCAAUUCUCUAAGACUCUUAAGUUGCAGACAAGUCUCUAAUCUGCAUCAGUAGAGGGAAUUUCCUCAUCUAAGAGUCCCCUAUACAGAGAAAUGCCAAUCCAUUAGAAUACUUAUUUUACAGAGGCAGACUAGUGUUGGAGUCAGGAAAAAACUGUUCAAAUUCUAUUGUUGAUACUAGGUAUGUGAUAAUGGAAACUUUGAGUCUAUAAAAUAUACAUAUAUAUAUUUAAAAGUCCAACAAAAUUGAUUGUAAACAGUGUAUCUGAAGAGAUAGAACUAAGGGAAGCAAAUAGUAUGAAAAUAUGGAAGAAAACAACAAAACCCCUAAAAACUAUUGUUUAUAAUAAUAAAAUUCUGGUGAUGUUCCUCAUCUAUAAAAUGGGUAAAAUAAUAUACUAAAUAACAAUAAAACCUGCCUACAAGGUUGUUUUGAGGGUCAAAUGAUAUAAAAUAUGUGUAACACUUUGCAAUUUUAAAAACAUACAUCAAUGGCAAUUUUGAUUAUUUUGUACUCAGCUAUUUAAAAUUCUUUUAAUCUCUGUUUUAGCUGGGGUAUUUCACUACAUUUAACAAAAAGGCAAUAUAGCAUAGAAGACAGAAAGCUAACUUGAGUCAGGAAGAUUUCAGUUCAAGUCCUGAUUCUCUUAUACAUCCUAGCAAAUAACCACAGAAAAAGUGAAAGAGAGACACACAGAGACAGAGAGAUAGAGACAGGGAGAGAGAAGAUGGAGAUAGAGUGGGGGAAGGAGAGAGAGACAGAGAUACAGAAAGGCACAGAAAGAGACAGAGAGAAACAAAGAGAGAUGGGGAGAGAGAUAGAGAUAGAAUUGGAGACAGGGGGAGAAAGACAGACAGAGACACAGAGACAGAAUGAGACAGAGAAACACAUAGAGACAGAAACAGGGGAGAGAGAGACAGAGAUAAGCAAACAGAUUCAGAAAGAGAGCUGUUUUGAAUUGUGAUUUAGGAGGCAAAUGAGUAGAAGCUAUAUUAGAGCAGGAAUAAUUGUAAGACUGAAACAAUACGCUACUUCAUCCAGUAUGUCAAGGUUCACCUAUCAAAGCAUCAGAAAAUUCUAGGUAAUUAUAAGCUAAGAAUUGCUGAUCAGCAAGCAAUGAGAGCAUUACUGUACUAUGAGUACAUGAGUACUAUGUACAUGAGUACUAUGAGUAAAAGCUGAAAUUUGAACUUAAGACCCUAUCCAUAAAAGAAAGCAAAAUAAAACAGAAAACAUAGAAAUUUAUCUAUAGAAUAUUCAUUCAACAAACUGAUAAGUCUCUAUAAAGAUUGCUGUUGUUUACAUUUACACCUGAAGAAAUCCUAUCUAUAUUCACUGGGCUAAGUUAACCUUAAGGACAACUACCUAAAAGUACAGGCAAUUAAUGUCUAGAAGGUGUUGUUUAAUCUCCAUAGGACUAGCCUUCCAGCCCUAACCCUAGUUAAGUUAUGUAAUGGGCCAGAAAUAUACUUGAAGCAAGGAUUCUUAUAACAAGUUGUUAACUCAGUGGAACUGAUAAGAGAAUGGUUAUCUAGUUUUACAAGGUGAUUAGUGAUAGUUCAGGAUGUUUGAUUUAGUUUAGUUCUAGUUAGUCUAGUUGAGGAUGAUUGAUUUAAUGUUACAAUGGUUCCCUAGUGAUAAAAUGAUUGGCUUAUACUCAGUAUGAUGAAUUAAUUUAAUUAUAAUAGAGUAUAUAAACUGGGGACAAACAGCCACAAAGAGAAGACUUGACCAGUCUCAUGGUAGCUCUCCUGCCUGCUUCAUUUCUCCACUAAGACCAAGGACUCAGGCUGGUCCCAAGAUCCUCCAGAGAGCUAGUCUGGAAACUAUAUUUUAAUCCACCCCAGUAUGGGGGCUCUAGAAAGCAGGACAUUACAUGUGCAGACUGUUGACUGGCUGGCUGGCUCUGGGAGACUGAAGGACACAAUAAGGACUUUAUUCCUAACUAUUCAAGGCUAUUUCAACGACUUCAUAUGAACCUAUUUUUAUAUUAAGUCUCAAGUUGACAAUCAAAUAGUCACCAUUUUCCUCUAAGGACACUCAAAUCCAAAGAUGUGCAAUUUUAUAUGCUUAAAAACCUGUCUAUAGCAUUAACAUAAAAACGCUUAAGAAGUUAUUUUGAGGACAACCAUCAAGAUUCAUAAAACUGAACAUUUUAUAGUUUGUCAGAACUUUCUAAAGCACAAAUCCCCACAAAAACCACUCAAAAAUCAUGAUUAAAAAAGGAUGAGUAUUACCUAAAUUUGUUAUAGAAAACGUCAUUUAAAAAAAUUACACUGGAAAAGUGUACCUGUAUGUCCAUAAGUAGAGGUGGCAAAAUGAGAAGUAAAAAGGUUUUCCAAAGGUACCACUUCCCCUUCGGGGAUUUAGGAGAUGUGCCAAAAUCAGUCUUUAUUUUUAUCUUCCUUUGUUUUCACAAUUAUAAUCACACACUUAUUUAACAGUGAAAUUCAGUUAACCAGAACAUAUAUUUUCUGAAUUAAAUGAGGUGCUACCAAAUAUCUCGGUUUAUAUCACUAUUCCCUGAUUCAUUAAAUCAUUGUUUCUAAAGCAUUUCAUUAGGCAUUAGCAACAUUUAUUUAUUCUCUAUUUUAGACUUGUCCAUCUCUAUUAAUCUGAAUUAGUGAGAUUUUCAAUAUAUAUACCAACUCUGUUUCUGCAAAUGUCAUUGAGACAGAAAAAUAAGUUAUAUUGACAAAUGUCAAGGAAUAAGAAUAAAAAUAAUGGUAAUUAAACCUAUACAAGAUAACGGUUUAAUAACAAGAAUGAAAUCUGUUCUCAGCAUGCAGACAUUAAGAUAAUUUUAGAAAUAUGCAGUGAAGGUAUAAGAUAAUAGGAGUGGUAGUGAUAUUCAAGUUUCACUUCUUCCUGCAGAUAUAAAACUAAAGCUGAGAUAAUGUCUCUAAUAAUGUCAAUUUUAUACUCAAGGAAUCAUCUCAUCUAAUCCAGUUUUUUAAAGAAAGCAACAACAAAAAAUUGUUUGACAAAGGUAGUCUAAUUUUUACAGCGCAUUAACAUUUUU